UUCCCCUUCCCUUCCACGUAACGGAGCCCUGGGGGAGCAGCAGCAGCAGCAGCAGCAGCAGGACUUCCUAGCCAAGGCUUUGAGAUGGCAGAAAACAUUUCUGAUGCUGUGUCACGACAGAUGGAUGAAUAUGAAGAAAGAGGCUCUGGUGAUGAAGUAGAUGCAAAACCGACCAGGGAGGAUCGAUUCUCAAUCUUUCCAAAAAAAAAAAAGAAGAAUGUACAUGAACAACAGCCAGAGUCUAGUAGCCAAUAUCGAAUUGUUACUCCAACAUUCCGGUAUCUUAUGGACUACAAGAAAGUUGGCAAAUGCAUUAUUAUAAACAAUAAGAACUUUGCAGAAGACACAGGCAUGGGCAUACGGAAUGGCACCGAUAAAGAUGCUGGUGACCUGCAAAAAUGUUUUCGAAGCAUAGGGUUUGAUGUUUCUAUCCAUAAUGAUCUCAGCUGUGAUGAUAUGGAGAGAAUACUUGGUGAAGUUGCACUUGAAAACCAUAGCGAUGCAGCUUGUUUUGCCUGUAUAUUACUGAGUCAUGGAGAAGAGGGUCUUAUCUAUGGCACUGAUAGAGCGAUGGCAAUCAAGAAUUUGACUGGUCUUUUCAGAGGAGACAAGUGCCAAAGCCUCGUUGGAAAGCCUAAAUUAUUUUUCAUUCAGGCAUGUCAAGGUUCUGAGUUUGAUGCCGGGAUUCAGACUGAUUCAGGUUGUUCCAAUCGCUGUCUGGAAAUCGACGCUAAUCCAAGAUACAAGAUUCCAGUGGAGGCAGAUUUUUUGUAUGCAUAUUCCACUGUGCCAGGUUAUUUUUCCUGGAGGAAUCCUGGGAAAGGUUCCUGGUUUGUGCAGUCUCUUUGCUCAGUUCUGAGUGAGCAUGGCAAAGAGCUGGAGAUCCUGCAGAUUCUGACCAUGGUUAACUACAGGGUAGCCAGAAACUAUGAAUCCCAGUCUGAAGAUCCUCGGUUCAGUGAGAAAAAGCAGGUUCCAUGUGUAGUCUCCAUGCUCACUAAAGAACUUUAUUUUUGAAUAAAGCACCAAUGAUACCUUACGUUCUUUCUUUCUGUGGUGAGAAUUGAAUGUACAAGGGCACAGCAGUGAACUUUUAAAUCAAAGCACUUCAAAGCAAAAGACAACUCUGGAUGUAGAGCUUCAAUUAUAUAUGAUCCUUUUGAAAUAUGCAAUACCAAUAUUAUCUCAGUUGAUUAUUACAUCUGCAAUGUCUUGCUAAUGUGUGCAUGGGCCUAUUUUGGUAGACCAUGAUAUUCUCUGUUGUUUCUGUUCACACUGAAAUGAACAGUGUUAAUACUUCUCUUACUUGAUGUUUGGAGUCUCUUCUUUUGGAACCAUACUGCACUACUACAUGGAAAUAAUAAAGUUUGCUUCUCAAACCAGUAUCUAAAUGUGAGGGAAAGAGGAUGUGAUUUAUACAAGAUCAUGACCAGAGUAUGCUUCAAUUUUUAGUAAGUAAAUGGUGGAUAAUAUAAUUAAUAUUGCGAUUAUCAGAGGAUAUUGCCAUUCAGCAUACCUUGCUUGGUCUCACUAUCAGUGAGUUUACUCUAAGCUUGGCUAAGAGAAAUAUCUGACCCUCCUGAUAAGAACCACUUUAUUUAUUCAUGAUAUAGAAUUCCUAUUAUUUAAAUAUGUUUCUACUAGGAAAUACUUGAAAUACUACUUUUUAUCUGAUAUGGAGAAAAAAAUCCUUUUGGGACUUACGUAGAGAUGAAAGGUGCAGUCUAUUCAGUGCAUUAACAGUUCAAUAGUGAAGGUGGAUUCUAUAGUUUAUAAAUAUUACAAGAAAUGAUCAGGUUGUCAGACUACUUAUUCAUAAUGACUUAUGUUGAAAUAAGUGAAACUCGCAAACUAGGGGGAAAGUCCAACAGAGUACCACUUCUAACCUUCUCCCUGCAGCCAAGGACCCCCAAAAACUCUGCUCCUGCAUAAUGUCCAGCACUUCCAUUUUGAGAGGAGGAGAACAAGGGCAUAAAAAUCCCUCUCUCAAUUUGCAUUCAUGAAAAUUGUUUUGUCAGUGGACUAAUGUAAUAGACUUCACCCUGUGCUAUCCUGUUUUGUUGCAAUUAGUUAUAGGGAUGCACAAAGUAUAGCCCACAUCCUGCAUGUGGCCCUCAGUAGCCAUCCAACCCUUGCCUUUUCUUUAUGGAGCCAUUUGAGCAAUUUCAACAUGUAUGGGUUGCCCAUCUGACUGCUUUUACACUGUGGGAAGCCUUUUCCCAAAACCACAAGUGACUUCCAGUCAUUUUCUAGUUGGGCAAAAACAUUCCAAUAUCAAACAGGCCCGGAACAGCCCAGAUUUUUGUGAUAUUUCUUCGCACAGCCUCUGCAAGGCACAGGAGUAUACUUUAGCAAAGUAAAAAGGGAGGUGUGGGCCAAGGGAGUGGGUGCAUCCUUUGCUGGCCUGGAGGAGGCAUGUGGAGCCCUCAGAACCUGAGCUAGUUGCCUACCACUGUACUGCUGUUGAGGAAUCAGAAUUUUCUCUUCCAAAUAUCAUAAUUUUGUUAGAGUUCAUUGGAAGACAGAAAGAAAUGAGUUUUGAUCUUGCUCCCACAAAUAAUUUGCUCUUCCACUGGUUCUUUGCUCUCCUGAUUUUAUAAUUA